UUCGCCAUUGCCCCAAUGAAGAACGAGUCUGUGAUCGAGCGAGAGAUCCGUAUCGCCAGGGAGCGCGAGGAGGCCUACAAGAGAGAAAAAGGCCUCCUCAGCAACUCCGUUGCUACGCCUAAAACCUGCACCAACCUCACCAGCGAUGACACUAACAGCCCCACAAACGGCCUGACUGAACAAACGCUCCAGCGACAGACGUCUUCACCAUCGCCAGUCACAAAUGGCAGUAUCAGCAAGAGUUGCCAGCUGCAGCUGGCCACCAGCAGGAUAUAUGGUCUAUAUAUUGAUAUUCUUGUUCUCCAGAUGGCAGUGUCAGCAAGAGUUGCCAGCUGCAAUGGCAGUAUCAGCAAGAGUUGCCAGCUGCAGCUAGCCACCAGCAGGAUACAGAUGGAGAUCGCAGAGGACAGCCAGAGGGAACUGGAACUUCUCAACGCUGGCAAAGUCCAGACUCUCUCACAGGACACCGUUGAUAACAAGAAGCCAGUGUUGUUGCGUCAACACAGCAACGACUCGACGGACGGCAGCCUGAUGUCGUCGGAGCAGAGAAGCGAAGUGAGAAGUAUGACGUCUUCCCCUCAGCCUCCCCAGGGCUACAAGAAAUUCAUCGGCGCCGAAGAAAAAAUUCAAGAAGAACUUCGCGAGAUGCAGCAGCGCGAGGAGGAACUCAAGCGGUUGCGGAGCAGGAACCUGAUGGCGCACUCUCACCCCAACCUGCUGGAGAUGGGGCUCAGUGAGAUCCCCUUCGAGGACGACCAGAGCAGCGUCGCUGGGGAGACCGACCCCGGCGCUGACGAGGAGACAACCCUCAGCGGGGCGGCCUCCAACCCGAACCUUGACGAGGGUAACAUCGUCGCCAAGAAGGUGAGCCGACGACGCAGUGCCCUCAUCGCCGAGUGGGAGAACAGGAUCCAGUCCACGGCCGCUGUCGAUGCCUGAGAUUGCAUAGGAUUUCCAAAGCGUUCCAUCGUACGAGAAGGAACGUACACUGCAGUUCUGCACGGAGUUAAAUGCUGCGGGACAAGAAGGAUGUUAUUCCUGAAUUCUGAUCUAAUUAUUUCGAUGUGUUGAUGUGUUGCAUCAACAUCGGAUAAUUCACGGUUGUUUAAUUAAUGAUUUUGAAUUAUGUGCAUAGUAGAGUGCCUUAUAUGGUUUUAAUUUCCCUAGUUAAGGACUUAUGAUACCAGUUUUCAUGCAAUCAAUAUGUCAGACACAAGAUUAGACUGCAGUACAUAUAGAGUUAUAACAAUUGCAAUUUGUGCUUUAUGAAUCCAUCGUAACUUGGAUCAAGAAUUUAUUUAACUCUAUAAAAAAUUCCUAACAGAAUCAAGUUUACCGCCUCCUCAACUUUGGAUGAUAUGUUUGCUUUACGACUGAAUUUAUUCGAACAAUGCAAUCUCCAAGCGCAUUAGUGUGCACAGCAAUUGGCCAUGGAAAAUUUAAUGUAUGAAUUGUGAAUGGACAAUGAAUGCUUGAUCCAAGUCAUCCUCCAUGAAUCAACACGAUAAGUCAAACCCUGAGGGCCGUAAUAUCAAUAAUUGGACGUUUGUAACUCCGUAUGCUAAUUGUUGAUGGUUUUAAAGCUAAAUCUUUUAAUCACAAAUGCGAAAUUGGCCGCUACGUGGACAUAACCGAGCUUCGCUAGCACGGCCUCAGUCUCGUUACUUCAAAGUAGAAAUAAUUUGAUGUCUGUUGCAUUUCUUCAACAUUUCCCUAUUUCAUUAGGAUUUUAUAUGAAGUAUUUAUGUCAUAUAAUUAGUUAGUGACAAUUAGCUAGAUAUAUGUACAUAUUGUAGACUAUCCUUCUCAUAUACAAUAUUCUAUAACCUCUUCAACGUCUUUUAUGGUAGACACCCAUAUUAUUUUAUUGCAAGCUUAAUAAUUCAUUAAUUAGUUAUUUUCAUAUGUAAAUGCCAGAUAAAACUUAGUUAUGCGUCAUGCACGUUAUUGCAUUUCAAGAUCGUGCAAUACUAAAGAUCAGGUUUUGGUUAAACUAAAUUAAAAUUAGUUAACUUAAAUUAGUAAUAUUGUUAUUUGGUUUACUGUACUAUUGAACUAAGCUUGUCUUCAGAAGCAUAAAACAUUUAUUGUAAGUUAACAGUGAUUCAUUUGGCUGAACAUUUUUAGCUACUUUUACACCUCGGCUGGUCAGAUCGAAGUAUCGUCGAUAUUUCUAAUGCUAAUGAAAUUUCUAAUAUGAAAUUUAAGUAACUUAGUAAUUAUUCGGACUAUUAGGCCUAGAAUCCACAGCUAUUAGUUAUAUUUACUGUGUUAAAGUAAAUACGAUUGUGCUCUAUAUGCAGCGUUCAUGGGAUGCCCAGAGAAUAUUUCAAAUGAAUAACAUCCAUUUGAAAUGUCGAAAAGGUCAAUAGUUUGUGAACAUUUUAUCAGUGAAUUUACAUCAGUUGCAUAUUUUGUCUGAAAUAUUUUUAUGUUCCUAUAGGUUUCAUCAAUAUCCUGUGAAAAAUUUAGUUCUGAUUCACCAAAAUCGAAACUUUUUUAACCGAGAUGUGGCAAUUAGUAUAUGUGAGUGAAAUUGGUAGAAUUUAAUUGUAGAUUGCCUUGAAUUUUGUUGGAGUGUUUUGAAGUGUACUGUUCGUUGGUGGUUACUAACGUUUUUCGUGCUUAAGAAUAAGUGUUGAGUACGACACAUUACUAGAGUCAAUGCUUUAUAUACAUUUUGCUUCCUUGUAUUCUAUUAUGUGACGUUUGUCCUGUAUUAUGCUUCAAAUAAAGCUUUACAUGAAACUA